GUUGGUCCCUGGUUUUGGUUCCCGCCAUUUGUGUGUCAUUCCCUCCCCGCAAUCGCACCCCCGCCGUUGAUGUUAUCACUCCGUUCUUGCUCCUGCUACUUGCCCAACACCUUCAUCUUCUUCACUCGCCUCCAUUCUCACCUUACACCCAAUUCAAUUCCAUUUCUCCUCUGCGCUAAACCCUUCUUUCCUAAACCCCUAAUCUUCUCCGCAAACCCUAAUCUCAGACCAAUGUCCACUCCUCGCUCAGCGUUCGACGUCCUCAUGGCCAAUUCCAAGAAGAAAUCCAAGACCCAGACACCUCCGGCCCAAGAGCCUUCGCCCAAGAAACGCAAGAGCGCCGAAAAAGACACUCCGGAGCAGAAGUCUAGCUCUGUUUCAGCAGCUAUUGCGGAAAAUGCCAAUUCCAAUGUGAAGGCGAUUGAAAAUGUAGAUGGGGCGAGGAAUGGCGGGGAGGAAGUGGCAGCUAAGAAACCGAAGUUGAUAAGUCCUGAUGAGAGCGUUGCGGAGCUGAAGAAGAAGGGGGCGAAUUUUGAUCCGAAAAAGGCUGCGUAUUGGGGAGAUGGGGAGAGAGUGCCGUUCAUGUUUGUGGCGAAGGCGUUUGGUGCAAUUGAAGAGGAGUCUGGGCGGAUUGCCAUCACUGACAUUGUGGCCAAUAUGUUAAGGACCGUGAUUCACACCACCCCUGACGACUUGUUGCCGGCGGUGUACCUUUCUGCAAACAAAAUUGCACCUGCCCAUGAGGGAUUGGAACUUGGAAUUGGAGAUGCAUCAAUUAUUAAGGCCCUUGCCGAGGCUUGUGGGGCUAAAGAAGCACACAUUAAGAAGCAAUAUAAGGAUCUUGGUGAUUUAGGCCUUGUUGCAAAAGCAAGUCGAUCAUCUCAGUCUUUGAUGCGUAAACCAGAACCAUUAACUGUUGCCAAAGUUUUUAGUACAUUUCGGCUUAUAGCUAAGGAAUCUGGCAAGGAUAGUCAAGAAAAGAAAAAGAAUUACAUCAAGUCUCUACUAGUUGCAGCUACUGAUUGUGAACCUCAGUAUUUGAUCCGACUACUACAGACAAAGUUACGCAUCGGUUUGGCAGAACAAACUCUUUUAGUGGCACUGAGCCAUGCUACAGUAUACUCAGAGAAGCAUUCUUCACCCCCUGCAAGUGUGAAUUCAUCUAUAGAAGAGGCUGAGAAGAUUGUAAAACAAGUUUACUCUGUGAUUCCUGUAUAUGAUAAAAUUGUUCCUGCUCUUCUUUCUGGUGGUGUCUGUAACCUUCAAAAGACAUGCUCUUUCUCGCCUGGUGUUCCAGUUGGACCUAUGCUAGCUAAGGCAACUAAAGGAGUAUCUGAAAUUGUUGACAAGUUUCAAGAUAAGGAGUUCACUUGUGAAUACAAGUAUGAUGGUGAGCGCGCUCAGAUUCAUUACAUGGAAAAUGGGUCAGUGGAGAUAUACAGCAGAAAUGCAGAACGUAAUACUGGAAAGUUUCCUGAUGUUGUUGCUGCUAUUUCUAGAUUAAAAAAACCUUCUAUAACUUCUUUUGUUCUUGACUGCGAAUUAGUUGCAUAUGAUCGUGAGAAACAGAAAAUCCUGCCUUUUCAGGUCCUCAGUACACGUGCUCGUAAAAAUGUUGUUGUGAGUGACAUCAAGGUGAAUGUUUGCAUCUAUGCCUUUGAUAUCUUGUAUCUUAAUGGACAACCACUUAUUCAAGAGCAGCUCAAUGUUCGUAGAGAGCAUCUCUAUAGUUCCUUUGAGGAAGAACCUGGCUAUUUUCAAUUUGCCACGAGUACUACAUCAAAUGAUCUCGAGGAAAUAACACAAUUUCUUGAAGCUGCUGUUAAUGGCAGUUGUGAGGGAUUGAUCAUCAAAACAUUGAGUGGAGAUUCGACAUAUGAGCCUUCAAAACGAUCACAUAACUGGCUAAAAUUGAAAAAAGAUUACAUGGAAAGUAUUGGAGACUCCCUCGAUUUGGUACCAAUAGCUGCUUUUCAUGGCCGAGGGAAACGUACUGGUGUUUAUGGAGCUUUUCUCCUUGCUUGUUAUGAUAGUAACAAUGAGGAAUUCCAAAGCAUUUGUAAAAUCGGCACUGGUUUUUCUGAAACAAUGCUUGAAGAACGCUCUGCCAGCCAUCGUUCUAAAGUUAUCCCCAAGCCAAAGUCAUAUUACAGGUAUGCAGAAACACUCGAUCCAGAUGUAUGGUUUGAACCCACUGAGGUUUGGGAGGUGAAAGCUGCGGACCUUACAAUCAGCCCUGUGCACCGCGCUGCCAUUGGUAUUGUGGAUCCUGAAAAGGGAAUUUCUCUGCGAUUUCCUCGCUUGAUUCGUAUUCGAGAAGACAAGACUCCAGAACAGGCCUCAACAGCAGAGAUGGUUGCAGAUAUGUAUUCUGCUCAGAAACACAAUCAACAAAAUAAUCAGGAUGUAGAUGAAGAGUGAAGAGGCUUUCUGUUUUCACUUAUGGGCUUGUACCAGGAUGCUUCAUUUUACUGCUCUGUAACUUGAUUUUUCAUGUAAAGUAUGACACUUCUUAGAAUUUUAAAACAAUUUUUUAAAAAUAUUUUCAAUAUGUUGAAGUAGUAGUGAUCAAGUGAGUUGACAUAAUGUUACUUGGCACAUUAUACCGUAGACCAUGCCAUAUGGACCAUUGAUAUACGCCUAUUUUUAGUAUAUUGCGUGUUCAUUUUUU